AACUAGUCACCUCUCUAUUGUGGUAACUAAAAAUUUAGAGCUGCAGUGCCUCCUCUCCUUGCCAAGUUCGUCUUCUCCCGCACUGCGCACCUCCUCCCGCGACGAGCUCCCUCUCCCCCUGCGAAGAACUUCUCCAUCCGCGAUGCGCAGUUCCAUAGGCAACCCGCUGCUCCCCCGCACGCCUCUUUCAUUCUAGGUCUCCUCCACCGUCACGAUCCUUCUUCGUCUAAGUUUUAGGUUUUCAAGGCAAUUUCAAGUCCCGGAACCGUAGUUGAGUGAAUUGGUAUAUGAAUUGCGAAAAGCUCAGGAAUCCAAGCAUGCAUAAGAAGAAGAGGCUGAAGCACACAGUGAACAAAGCAAAAGAGAAAUCCACCAUGGAGAAGACGAUGAAUGACAAGAGCAAGAGCAUUCACGACAUCCUCCCUCUUGACCUGAUUCACAGAAUCCUUCUGCGGGUGCCAAUCAGACAUCUCGCUCGCCUCAGGUGCGUUUCCAAGCUGUGGUGCUCUCUCAUUUCUGAUCGUGACUUUGCUGAAUUGCAUUUUCACCACUCUACCGCUGUCACCAACGCAUGCUUCUUCAUGAAAAACGACACUAUGGCUUACUUGGUUUACUUAGACGACAAUGAUGCAUCAGAAAAAGUGGUGUGUCCCCCUUUCCAGAAGAAAGCACGUUCUCAUUUUACUGUCUUGGGAUUCUGCAGAGGCUUUAUUCUCUUCCAUCGAGACCCACAUUUUCUUGUGGUAUGGAACCCACUGACUGGAUCCAGCAAAAGAAUAUCCUACUCUCAUAUUGUUCAUCGUAGUAAGCCCCCUGGCCCUAGGAUUGCCUACGAUGUAUAUCUGCAUGGAUUUGGUUAUGAUCCAUCACAGAAUGAUUACUUACUUCUUGUAGCUUGGUGCGAUUGCGAAGGACAAUAUCAUUUGGAUUGCUUUUCCUUGAGAACCAAUUCAUGGAUUAAUCUUGAUGCUGCAGUCCCCAAAUUAUUGGGUUUUAAGAGUUUUUAUCACUGGCAUAAUGAGGGGUUGUUCUUUAAUGGCGCUGUUCAUUGGGUGCCUCGCGAUCUUAAAGAUUACAGGGAUGCUAUUGUUAUCUUUGAUCUCAUGGAAAUGACUUUUUCAACUAUAUCUGCGCCGAAGCAACUGUCUUAUCCAAGUCUUGCCUUACUCGGAGGCUGCCUAGCCUUGUAUUCUCGCAAUGAUGAUUGCGGUAACACUGACAUAUGGGUGAUGAAAGAAUAUAAAGUGCACUCAUCUUGGACACUCUAUCAGAUUCCUUGCAAGGAUUUCCGGCCUCUGUGCUUAUCUAGUAAUAGGGAUAUAAUUGGAAGAGGUUAUACUUCGUGUGGUAAAACAGGAUACUUCAUAUAUAAUGUCAGAGGAGACCUGCUCAAGCAUUUUAAAAGUCUGUGUUGUCAGCUUCCCUGCCGUGAACGCAAUACUGUGUAUACAGAGAGUCUCUUGCCACUCCCAGUGACACUAAGGAUAAGGAUAACAAGAAGAAGAGGAAGAAGGAAAUCAGCCAUCAAGUUCACCAUGAAUACUUUUGAACAACAAGAUGUUGCUAAAGGUUAGCAUCAAACAAAGAA